CCGAAAUAAAACCCAAUCCAAUCCCACGACGCCCAAGCCGCCGUCUCUUCUCCCCCCUCCGAUCGGAAGGCGAAUAGAAGUGAUGGCUCCUCCCGAGGAGACAGAAGCCGCCGCCGCGGCGAUCGAGGAGGAGAACCUUGCCGUGAAGCCCGGCGGCGAUCGGCCCAUCUCAACCAUCCUGAUCGUCAUAGCUAUGCAGACUGAGGCGCUCCCCCUGGUCGCCAAGUUCGAGCUUUCUGAGGAUCUUGAUCGAUCAGCGUUUCCCAAAGGUGUUCCAUGGGUUCGAUAUCAUGGUACUUACAAAGGCUUGGAUAUCAAUCUAGUAUGGCCAGGGAAAGAUACAAUAUUAGGUGUUGAUAGUGUUGGCACAGUAUCAGCAUCUCUCUUGACUUAUGCUUCUAUUCAAGCGUUGAAACCAGACCUCAUUAUCAAUGCAGGAACUGCUGGUGGCUUUCAAGCAAGAGGAGCAUGCAUAAAAGAUGUCUAUCUUGUUUCGGAUGUAGCCUUCCACGAUAGAAGAAUUCCUAUACCAGUUUUUGAUUUAUACGGAAUUGGAACCAAGCGAACAUUCUCUACUCCCUAUCUUGAAAAAGAACUUGGCUUGAAGGUUGGAAAAUUGUCCACUGGGGAUUCCUUGGAUAUGUGUCCACAAGACGAAUCAUCCAUCAUAGCGAAUGACGCAACUGUUAAAGACAUGGAGGGAGCUGCAGUGGCAUAUGUUGCAGGUUUAUUCUCCAUCCCCGCAAUAUUCCUUAAGGCUGUGACAGAUAUCGUGGAUGGUCCGAAGCCAACUGCCGAAGAGUUCAUGGAAAAUUUGAUUGCAGUCUCAGCCGCAUUGCAUCAGGCUGUUACCGAGGUGGUUGACUUCAUAAGUGGUAAGAGCCUCUCUGAUCUUUGAUGUUCAUCAUCGAGAAUCGUGAUAAGGCUGCAGUGUUUAUGAGCUGCCUUGGAGCUAAGUUUGCGGCCGCCAUAUAAAAGAUCAUCGAUUGUUAGUUGUAAUUCCAAACUUGUAUGUUUAUCAAACUUUGUGGCAUUAGCAAUUCUUCCCUGUAUGAGUAAUUGAUAUAUAUUUAUCAAUAAAGAAACUCUUGAUAUAA